CAGUGAGGUUUCUUAUCUAUGUGUGUUCGACCGCGCGGCUUCGAAACAACAAAAAAAAAUUCGACGACAUAUUUUUCUCUCAGCUCUCAUUCUCGACGAUAUUUUGAAUGUAAAAAUUAAUUCAAUUCAGUUGUGAAACGUCUGUUAAUUAAAGUAAAAGCGUUGUAAAAUAAACGCGUAGAGUGAAAGUGCUAAAAACUGUAACUUUUUGCCUCAAUUUCGUUUGGAAACGGAAGUAAAAGGAAGAAAAAAUUUCAAGGGUGGAAACGGAGGAAAAAAUCUUUUCGCGCAUCUUCGUGGUGACGAAUAGUGAAUAAGAAAAGUUUAAAAAUUAAGCAAAUCUAAUCAAAGAUGAUUACGGAUCGCGAACGUGAUUAUAUUGGAUUCGCAUCACUGCCUGAUCAGAUACACAGAAAGUCGGUGAAGCGAGGAUUCGAAUUUACGCUGAUGGUUGUUGGUGAAUCGGGCUUGGGCAAAUCAACUCUCAUCAACAGUCUCUUUCUUGCUGAUCUUUAUAAGAAUCGUCAACUGACACCUGUCGAAGAGCGUAGCGAGAAAACAACUCGAAUCGAGAAGAAAACUUUAGACAUUGAAGAAAAAGGCGUACGAUUGCGAUUGAACGUUAUUGAUACGCCGGGCUUUGGCGAUGGAGUUAAUGCUGAUGAUAGUUGGCGUGUUGUAACUGACUACAUCGACGAGCAGUUUCGUCAAUAUUUCAUGGACGAGAGUGGCUUAAAUCGCAAAAAUAUUCAAGAUAAUCGUGUUCACUGUUGUCUUUAUGCAGUGCCACCUUGGGGACAUAGUUUACGUCAAAUGGAUUUGGAGAUGAUGCGUCGCUUACACAAAAAAGUGAACAUUGUGAUCGUGAUAACGAAAGCGGACACGCUGACACAAUCUGAAGUGAAGAGGUUAAAGGCAAACAUUUUACGAGAUGUUGAAGCGAAUGGCAUUCAGUUGUACAAGUUUCCUGAAUGUGAUUCGGAUGAGGAUGAUGAUUUUAAAAGGCAAGAUGCGGAAAUGAAGCAGAGCAUUCCAUUUGCAGUCGUGGGAUCGAAUGCAAUAUUUGAAGUUGGUGGGAAGAAGUUUCGUGGUCGACAAUAUCCUUGGGGUGUAGUUGACGUUGAAAAUCCAAUGCACAGCGACUUUAUAAAACUUCGAACAAUGCUGAUUUCCACUCACAUGCAAGAUCUUAACGACACAACACAAGAUGUUCACUAUGAGAAUUUCCGCGCUCAGUGCAUCGCUCAAAUGGCACAGAAUGCCAAAUCAGGUAAGGUGCGAAGUGAUUCGAUUAAAACGCCAACUGGAGAGAUUGUUGUUCCUGUUGUCACCGAAACGGACAAGCUGCUGUUACAGAAAGAAGAAGAAAUACGACGCAUGCAAGAGAUGCUCGCUCAAAUGCAAGAGAAAUUGAAGCAGCAAGUCAUCGAUGUUUAAUUGAGUCUCAGCACUUUUUUUGAUAUCGCUUUAGGCAUUAAUCGUGUAAUCUAGAAAAGAAAUUCUCUUCGUUUAAAAAUGUUUUCUAUUUGCAUAAGAAUGUUUCAUUGUAUAUCUCUCUCUCUUUGUCCCUAUUUAAAACGCUUUUAUCGCGACGACAACAACAUUCAACGACGAAAACUUACUGGUAAUGUUAAACUAAAUUCCAUUGACACUUAUCUUCCUUCUCAGACUUUUUUAUACAUUUGCAAUAAGCAAAAUAAUUAUAUAUAAAAAAAUAUACUCGUACUGCAAUAUACUUGACGUAACAUUAAUUACAAAUAUUUUCUUCUUGAUGAGAUGAGAUGAGCGAAUAAAAACAACAUUUAACGAGGGUUUAUAAGUCGUCAUCAACAAGCUAUUAAUUUAUUGACAUAAAAAACAAAAUGAAACUUAGAAUGUUAAGCCUAACUAGUAGUAUAAAUCAAUUGAGUUUAUUGUGAAACUUACUGAAUUCCAAUUUAUUAAAUUAUUGUAAUAAAAAGUCUUAGG